AUGGAUUUCUGUAGAGUUUUAAUUAUUGUUUCUUGUGUUUUAGUAGCUAAAAGUGUUCAGAAGCCAACAGAGCCAGCUCUCAAUCCUUGUAAUGAUUUUUAUGACUAUGUUUGCGCUAAAGACACCCGAUCAAUCACUAAUCUCUCAUUUACCAGUAUGGACCAGGAACUAGAAAUUAAGAUACCUGACGAGUACAACGCCACUGAUAUCGUAAGUAACGGAACUACAGUACCCUUGGACAAACUGGUAAAACUGACAAAAGUGAUGAAGUGGUGUACGGAAAUUGAGGUAUUGUUCACCGGAAUUUUUACUAUGGAUUAUUUCGGUGAUCUUUUUUCAAACAAGAAAAUGGUCCAUUCUGCAAGAUACACAGCUGUCACGACGAGACUACGGGAUAUCAAUAGUACAAUGGUCAAUAUUUACUACAACGCUCUUCAUGCCAAUAUCGAAAUUUUGGAGCAAAUGAAAAUACCAAUUACGCAGAGAAAUGAGUUCUUCCAUUGGAUGUUUGACACUGUCAAAAAUAAUACGCUAUUGGAAAUUGAGAAUUCUGGACUGCCCCAAAAAGCCAAAAAAUCCCUUCGUAAAGGAAUCGUAGCGUCAAAAAGUUUUUUUGCAUUCUACGACUCCAACAAUAUAACAGCGUUCAGAGAAGCAAAGCUGGCAUAUGAAACCGAAUAUUAUCGAUUGCAAAGUUUGUUGUCUUUAGAGGAUCUUAUGAACCCAAUCGCCGAAAAAAUACUACGUCUUGGUGCUAUCGACGCAUCAAUAGCAGUUCUAGCAAAACACAUUCCCUUCUAUGAUAUACGUUUUCUAUUCCAAGCCAUUGUGGCGAACCCAACCAACGACGCAUUCCAAUACUUGAACAGUAAUCAUAUCACGGUGAUAACUCGCAAUGAUCUUCGUCAACCAGAGAAAGCGAUGGCUGAUACACUUUUUGUGACGUCUCAUGAGAUGAUGCAUCAUUUGUAUCCAUACGGCUUAUCAGUGGAAACUAGGUCCAUUACAGAAGAGGCGUGGGCAUGUGCGAGCAAGGAAGUGAAAAUGAUGGGGAAUACAGAUCGAGUGAAACUUGAUUUCGGAUGGUUCCAAAGAGACAUUGCACAUGAAGAUGUAGUCAAUAUAAUUGCAAUGAGAUUGGUGAUGAAAAUGGCUGCCAAUAAAUCAAUUAAUCAUAAGCAGCUCAAAGAAGCUCUUGAAACGAUAGUGGGUGGUCUUUGUAAACAAUCCGAUCGCAAAAACAAGCCAAUCCCUCAUCACCACCCUCUAGAAAUCUCAUUGAACACCGCGGUUCGACAAUAUCCAUUAUUCAGUUCCUUAUACGGAUGUCGUGCCGACGAAAGGAUGUUUGCCAAGCCAGAAGAAUUCUGUAAGCCGCUGGGAGACAACAUCACCGUCGCAGAAUACGAAGUGAAGAGUAAUGUGAAAGAUGUUGGAGGCUUUUUCAAGGAUUUGUUGAACACCUCGAAAAGUUUGAAUUUUACCUACGGACUAUUGUGA